AUGGGUCACGGAUUGCGGUAUCAGAUACUACCACCGCCAGCCAACGGCGGCAUCAACGAGCCACAAGACUGUCCGCACUGCCGACGGACGUUCAGCUGCUACUACUCGCUGAAGAGACACUUCCAGGACAAGCACGAGCGGUCCGACACGCUGUACGUGUGCGAGUUCUGCCGGCGGCGGUACCGGACCAAAAACAGCUUGACCACGCACAAGAGCCUACAACACAGGGGUUCGGCGGUGGCGCUAAAACGUCUGAUGAAAACCUUCGCCGCGGCAACCUCGUCCGCCGCCGCUAUCGCAACGCCGCCGCCGCCGCCGUCAUCGUCUUCGUCGUCCGAGUCUCCACUCCCGAAACUACGGUCACGGUCACCACCGCUGGUCGUCUGCAACGGUUACCGGUCGUCAUCGCCGUCGUCAUCAUCUGCUCCGUCUCCGUCACCACCACCAUCACCUGCAACACCAACACCGCCGCCGCCUACCGCAAACACGGUAUAGGCUAAUAACAUGAUAUUAAUAUUAUUUAAGCCGGUCAACCGUUUAUAUUACGUUGUAGUGGUGGUGGUGGCCGCCGUCGUCGUCGUAGUGUUAUGCAGCCGGUGCAGUACUAUAAUAAUAUGCGUAUGUUACGUGACGGGCGUACAGUAUACAAUAUUUUAUAUAAUAUUAUUAAGUAUAUAUAUAAUAUUACAAUAGCCUAGCGUAUAUAUUAUAUAUAUACAUACAUACAUAUUAUAUAAAACUAUAUCAUUAUCAUUAUAAUCAAAACACCUUUGUUGUUGUUGUUGUUGUUGUUGUUGCUGUUUUUGUUGUGUCGGUGCUGCCGCCGUCGCACCGGAAACGACCGGAAGCGCACACGACGAAAACACGUGGCGUUCGUCCACCGCUCGGUUCCGGUGCACCAGGGUCUUGUGUGUCAUCUGAGUAGUAGUGUCAUCGUCAUAGUAGGUAGCACUAGGAGCAGUAGUAGAAUAAAUUAGUGGUAUAGUUAUUUGUGUUAUUUAUAAUAACUGCAGUAGCCGCGUUGAGCGUGUGGGUGGUUUGAACUUUUCGGUUUUAUUUAAAAACUAUUUUUUUUUUUAUGUAAGUAUAUAAUUUUUCUGACCCGUGGAGGAAAACAUGGUUUUUUCCCACAACUAUUUUCCCGCCAAAUUAUGGCAUAUUUAAUAUAUAAAUUAAUUGUAUUGGUAUAAUAAUUCUUGGUAAAACGAAAAAAAAAAAACAAAAAAACGUUAUCUUAUAUAUUUACUUUUUGCGUACUUGCAAUUUGACUGACAUGAUUGAUCUACAUAAUUUUUUUUUUAUUAUUAUUAUUUUAAAUUUAAUGAAUCUAUAUAAUUAUACUUAUAAGGACAUAUCAUUAUAAAAUCAACAAAUAUUAUUAUUAUUAUUAUUAUCAUUAUUUUCAUGUGCUCUCGUAAUGAGUUAUUUCUUUCUCGUGUACGAGGAAGAAGGAGAAACAUGCGCAUAGUCCGACAGUAAAACAAAAAAUAAUACAUAAACGAUUUCCCUCACUGUGUAUACAAACACCAACGACACACAUAGUUUGAUGAAUGUUUGUUUAUUAUUAUUUAUACAAAUAUCGAUGGUAUACUAGUCUUCGUUUUUUUGGAUAUGUUUUUUUUUUUUUUUAUUAUUAGUGUUGGGUGGGUAUAAAAUACUUCUUUGAGGCAAAACUAUCAACAAAAAAAUAAUAAUAAUAACAAAAAUAAAUAUACUUGAACAACCAACAACAACUGACUAUCAUUUUAUUAUUCGAUGUACACAAAAAACCGUAUAGGUGUCUCUUUUGAAAUAUUUUAUUAUUAUAUUAUCAUUAUACAUGUGAUCGGUUAUAUAUUAUUAACAUAAACGAUAUAUAUAUUAUAUAUUAUAUAUUAUAAUAACGAAGGGCCUUAACUUACUAUUUAGGAACCUGACAUAUACGUAUAUAUAUAUAUAUAUGUAUUAUUUAAUUCGCAUUAUUAUUACUCUAUAUAUUUACACACACAUUUUCUACUGUUAUUACUACGUAAUAGUUUUCGUUCGUUUUUCCUUUUUUUUUACAGUUGAUGAUAUUCGUUGUUACACACUACAUAUAAUAUAUAUAUAAUAGGCUCUAACAAAUAAUAUAUAAUAUAUACAGACUGACUGCAGAAACAUUGGGUAUUAUAUUUCAUUAUUUAGUUGUAAAAAAAAAAACAAUAAUAAUAAAACACUCAUUCUGUUUAAAUAUUAUAUUAUCAAUUAUAUAUUUGCAUUGUUAAUCCGUUGAAAUAAUUAUUAUUAUUAUUAUUAUUAUACUAUAUUAAAUACAAACUCAAAAUAAUAGUACAUUUCACACAAUAACCGCUGCCAUAUGUGAUCAGUUUUUCUUUUAUUAUUUUUUUUUUUAUUUUAUAUAUAUUAUUAUUAUAUUAUAUAAUAUGAUAUGCAAAUAUUAUUUUUAUUUUAUCAAUGUACAUUCCGAUACCAUUAACAUGUUAUUUAUUUUGUACAAUUAAAUACCCCUGUAAAUAUAUUAUAUUAUUAAGUUAUUUGAAAGAAAAUUGAAAACAGAAAAGAAAAAAAUGAAAAUACUGUGUUUGUCCAUUAUCUAUUUGUUACGGAGACACUUGUUAGUUCAAUGGUAACUUUCACGGCAUUUUAAAGCACAAAGUUUUUUUUUUCAUUAUUUAAAGUUUAUUUUAUUGAUCUAUGUUUUAUUUUAUUAUUAUUAUUUUUUUUAACCUUGUAUUACCGUCAUUAUAUAGUUAUUAAUAACAAUUUAUGAUUACAUAAACUUAGUACAAGUUCAGUGUAAAAGGGUAGAUAUUGUGCCAAUUUACGAAGAUAUUUUUUUUUCUAAAUGUUAAGCGUAUAUAAAACGAUUUUCGAAUAAUGUAAUAUAUAGUUUUGACUUUUGUCUGUAUAAUGAUUAUGAUUAUUAGCAUUUUAUAAUGCGAUCAAAUAUUCUUAUGUUUUGUAGAUAUGGUUAAGAUUUAUUAUUACAGUAUUAUAUACAUGCAUAAAUAUUAUAUAUGUGUAUAAUGUAAGUAUGUAUUCGUAUAUGAUGUAUAAGGACAUAGCGCACACACGAUUUAUAUAUUGAAUUUUAGUGGCAUUUUUUUCGUUUGGCCUGAACAAAGCCCGCGAGAUUUACGUGUGAAAUAGUAAAUAAGAAUCGAAAUUCAGUACAAAAUAACUAGAAAUUUUCAAAAAAUAGUUGAACUUGUUGCUCAAUAAUGUUUAGAGACGGUGUUUAACAGCAGUUUUCAACGAAUCUGUAGUCUCACAAAACUUAUAUAGUUUUUUUUUCCAGAUUAAUUUUUGUUUCACUUAUUGGUUUUCUUUAUUUUUUUACAUAUUAUAUAUAUACAACAAUUUAUUACAAUAGAUUUUAAUUUACAGAGUAAAUGGGCAUUAGACAAUUGACAUCCGUUUUCAUCGACAGUAUAAUAUUUAAUAUCUGUUCUGUUUUUCAUCAUCUAUACGGCAGACACAAAUAUUAUUAUUAUAAUAUUACAUGAUUACCAUUAUUAUUAUUAUUAUUAUUAUUAUUAUUAUUAUUAUUACAACAAUCUUAACCUCUUUACCUAGUAUCAAUUUUUUAUCAGGGUGAAUACUUAAAAAGAAAAAUAUAGAACAUAAUAUUAUGUAUAAAACAACGAUUUUAUUUUAUUGUGCUACACAGUACCAAUUAUUAAUUUUUAAACAAUAUUAAUAAUUAUAAUAUAAUAAUAAUAAUAAUCAUUAUUAUUAUUAUUAUUAUUAUGCAAUAUACGAGUAUAUAUAUAUAUAAACCACAACGCCAGACAAAGUGUUAAAUAUUAUUAUUGUAUCGAUAUGAUUUUAUAAAUUACCAUAAACCAUAAAAAUAUAUUAAUAUAUUUAAGCGCAACACUUUUCGUCAAUGUUUUCAUUCCCUCCCCCCCUUUCUAUAACUUGUUAAAAAAAAAUUACUGGUUUUCGACCACAAAAAUAUUUUUACCGGAUUGGUUAUGGUUUACCUGCUAUAGCUAAAUUGUAUAUUACCUAAGUAGUUAUUUUGGUGUAUCAUCAGAUAAUUAUUCACUGUUAUGUUAAUUUCUUACACACACACACACACGUCCGUACACAAGCAAAACAUAGAUUUUACUUACCGAAUAACGUUUAAUAAGAAUAUAUUGAAGCUUUUUAUAGUACCUUAUAUAACAUAAAUAAACAUUUUAUUUUUAUUUGUCAAUAAAAAAAAAAAUCCGAAUAGUUAUUAUAUCAUAAUUGGGGUAUUUAUAUUAUACACAAUAGAAAUAAUUACAAUCAUAA